GCCUGUGUCUGUCUGUUGCAAUGACCACAUCCAUCAUUUUCCUCAGCUUGUUUAUGUCUCUGUCGCUGCAGAACUUUUGUAUAACGUUAGCUUCUCUGGCGACCUGUGCGCCGCCUUCUGCAAUUGAAUGCAAAAGCAAUGCAUGCGACAUCUUCAAUUACCAAGGCAUUUGGGACGAUCAUGCGGAUUGCAAGGCUCAGUAUUCUGCAUGGCCCACAUCAGAAACAGAGCUUGUGCAGGCUGUUGCGAAUGCAGUGAAGAAAAAGCAACGAAUCAGAGUUGUGAGCAAGCUGUCUCACAGUGUGCCAAAACUUGUGUGCGUGGGAAGCGAAGGCCUCAUCAUAUCCACCCAAAACUAUGCCUCUGUAAUUGAAGUGAAUAAGACCGCCAUGACAAUUAGGGUUCAGGCUGGAGCUCUGAUGAACGACGUUUUGGAGGCGGCCGCCAAGGAAGGAUUGGCUCUGAACGCCAUGAUUUACUGGAACGGCGUCUCCGCCGCCGGCGUUAUCUCCACCGGUGCCCAUGACAGCGGCCUCGUUGGAAAAGGCAGUGGCGUUUAUGAGUAUGUGGUUGGAAUGAGAUUAGUUGUUCCUGCUUCGCCCUCCGAAGGCUAUGCAAAGGUGAUCAGCUUGACAGAAGCAGACGAGGAAUUGAACGCUGCCAGAUUGUCUCUGGGUACUCUUGGAGCGAUUUCCGAAGUCACAUUCGGUUUGGAGCCAAUGUACAAGCGCUCCAUUUCGACCAUGGUGAAGGAUGACACUAAUCUGGAAAAUGAAGCGGAGAGUUUUCUGAGAGCUCACGAAUUUGCAGACAUAAACUGGAUUCCCUCACACGGGAAGGCGGUUUACAUUCCCAUUGAUAGACUUCCAGUGAGUGUUGCAGGAGAUGGCCUCAACUCUAUUUUUGGCAGCGCCAGCAGAGCAGUUGAAAUUGAAAAAAAAGCGGCUUACUAUGAAGCGAUCCAAGAUAGGGCAGAUGUUGAAGCUAUAUGCAAUGCACUCAUAAAUGAUACGCUUGAUCUUGCAAUUAAUGGUAGCGGCUUAUACAAUGAUGGAAAACGCUUUACGGGGUACCCAGUAAUAGGAUUCAAUAACCACAUGCAAACAUCCGGUGGAUGCCAAGCAGGAAGAUACUCUGUGGCUUGCACUCCCACAUCAAUUUUAGAUAAAAAUGAGACCGUUUGUUCAUGGGAUCGACGAAUAUACACUACCUUAUACUUUGGUGUGGAACUAAGAGUGUCUGUAUCUCAUUUGCCUGAAGUUAUAAAGGAUGUGAAGAGGAUUAGGGAUUUGAAUCCUAAAAAAUUGUGUGACAUGUCUGGAAUAUUUAUGCGUUCUAUCAAGAAAUCUGAGGCAUAUUUGGGACCUAAGGAGGAUUUGGUGACAUUCGACAUGAUGAAUUACAGGGCAAGGGAAGCUGGUACACCCAAGUGGAAUGAAGAUGUCUAUGAAGAGAUUGAACAGAUGAUAAUUGAGAAGCAUGGUGGUGUGUUACACUGGGGGAAAUCUGGGGGAUACUUGUUUCAAGGACUUGCUAAGAGGGCAACUAACCUGGAAAAAUUCUUGGAGGUGAAGAAGAAAUUUGAUUCAUCUGGAGUGUUUUCUAAUAAAUGGACAAAUGGUUUAUUUGGGAUUGGAGGAGGAAGUCUAGAGGUUUUCAGGGAUGGGUGUGCAUUGGAUAUGGAUUGCAAGUGUCGAGAGGAUAGGCAUUGUGCUCCCCAAAAAGGGUACUUUUGCAGACCAGGGAAAGUUUGGAAGAAGGCACAUGUUUGCACAAAAAUCAAUUAGCGGUUUAUAAUUCAUCUCUAUGUGGAACCUUAUGUAGUCAAGUAUUAAAUGAAAAUAAAUGUAUUCUCAGUAGAAUAAAUUACAACAUGGUAUUCCAAGU